AGGCUGAGCUCACGUCCCUCGGCUUCAGCACUUGGAGACGCCGCAGAGCCGGGCACGAUGUCAGUGGCCGGAGUGGCCGCUCAGGAGCUGCGCGCCCCCCUGAAGACUGGGUUCCUCCCGGACGGCCAGACCCUGGGGGGCGUGAAGGCCUGCUGGGGCCGGCCCAGCGAGCUGGAAAAACACUUUCUACACGUGGACCCGAUCGCCGUGGCCUACAGCCUGAACCCCGGCGCCCAGGAGCGUCUGGCGGCUGUCGGGCACGCCCCCAAGUCUGCACGGGCCAGCGGCAGCCGCUUUGCAGAAAACGGCCCUCAGAAGCCCAGCUUGCCCCCGCUGACCCUCCCCCCGUGUGCGGGCCGGGGCCAGUACGAAGAGGACGCCUGCGCCAGUGGCUUUCAGAGGCUCUCCGUGACCGGGGCCUGCGCGCCCACCCCCCCGCUGACGCCCGUCAGGAGCCCGCUCGGCCUGGGCCCCUGCUCUGGCCCCCCCACGAGCGAGCGGGGCGCCCGGCCCCUGCCGCCGCUGCCCGUCUCCGAGGCCCCCUCUCUGGACGAGACGGACUGUGAGGUGGAGUUCCUGACGAGCUCCGACACAGAGCUGCUCCUCGGGAGCUGCGCGCUGUCAGACUUCAGGUCGGACGGCCCGGGCCGGCGGAGCUUCCGUGGCUGUGGCCAGAUCAACUACGCCUAUUUCGACACGCCCGUGGCCUCCGCAGCCGACCUCAGCCAGGAGCCCGACCGGGACGGAGGGGCCCCGAGCCCAGCCCCGAGCCCGGCUCAAGCCCACCGGAAACUGAGGCGGUCGCACUCGGGGCCCGCCGGCUCCUUCAGCAAGCCGGCCAUCAGGGUGUCCAGCUGUGCGCACCGGACCUCUCCCAGCUCCGACAGAGACAAGCCCGAGGUGCCCCCCAGGGUCCCCAUACCCCCCAGGCCAGUGAAGCCGGAUUAUCGAAGGUGGUCGGCCGAAGUCGCCACCAGCACCUACAGCGAUGAGGACAGGCCCCCCAAGGUGCCCCCAAGAGAACCCUUGUCUCGGGGCAACUCCCGCACCCCAAGUCCCAAAAGCCUUCCAUCUUACCUCAACGGGGUCAUGCCCCCGACACAGAGCUUCGCCCCCGACCCCAAGUACGUCAGCAGCAAAGCUCUGCAGAGACAGAACAGCGAGGGGGCGGCCAGCCGGCCCCCCUGCAUCCUGCCCAUCAUCGAGGACGGGAAGAAAGUCAGCUCCACGCAUUACUACCUGCUGCCCGAGCGGCCCGCCUACCUGGACAAAUUCGAACAAUUUUUUCAGAGAAUAGAAGAAACACAUCCUGGUACCCCGAUCCCGCCAUUACCUGCUGUCUGCGGGGUCCUUUCAGCCACCGAGAAGCUCGAGUCCAAGCCGCGGGCGGCCCCGGGCGGCCACGCCAAGCGCAAGCACUCGUCCUACGUGGUCUCGCCCUAGGCCGGGCCGCACGGGGCUGUAGGCGCCGCGGGGCUCGAGCCGCUCUUCGGCUUGACUGAGGUUCACAGGACGUGCCGGGCUGCGGAGGAGAGGAGCCGAACUCUGGCUUAAAGAGAAAGGUCGGGGUGUUGGGGGCGGGUCCCUGGGCCCUCGGCACAGGCGGGGGGCGCAGGGCCGCCUCGGUCCGUGGAGCCACUUCCGGAUCCGGGUCGCGGGCCGCAGGGAGACUCGCGACAGACUGGCAGGCGAGCAGGCGGAGGGAAAGUGGUUUAGAUCAGAGUUGAAAAGAGAUCUGUGCGGGGCGCAGUGGCGGAGGCCGGCCGAGGCCGGGCUGUUGUGUCUGGCGUGCGCGGCCGUUCCCCUCUGGGCUAGGCCCUACCACCGGCCGGCGCCCCACCUCGGCCAUGGGGGGGCCAUGUCUGGCAACCCGGGUUCACCUGUACUUCUCUCCCCGCCAGUUGAGAAGAUCUGCUAGGAUCAGCGGGCCCUCCCGGCACCCCGCUGACCCCGCGGGCUGGGGCGCGGCGCGGGCCCGGCCGGAGCCAGCUUGCAGCCCUGUGGCGGAGGCCGCCGUGGGGUGUUUGUGGGUUUUUAAGGCUGUUAAUCAACAGGUACGACACAAGCUGGCCUUGUGUUGCCGGUUCCCCUUCAGUAUUCCCUGGGAAUGUUUGCUUUGUAAGUAAAACACUUCUGACCAAGAGCGCAGUGUCUUAGCGGCAAGAGGGCCGGCGGCAGGUUUGGCCUGUCAAGCGCGGCCUCUGCGCACGGGCUGCUCACAGCUCAAACUGUUGAUCUUAUUUGAGCUAUUUAAAGCUUGUACGUUAGUAGGAACUACAUGAAGGUUAAAACACGCUUUAGAACAAUGCACUGAUUCUGCGUCGUGUGUACAUUGUCGGACAAAGGGUUUUGUUCAUUUUUGUUGCGUUUGAAUAUUGUCUUUUCAUUUUAAU